CUGCGCAGUCGCUCUUCCUUAGGCGGCGGCCAUGGCGGGGCAAGAGGAUCCGGUGCAGCGGGAGAUUCACCAGGACUGGGCGAACCGGGAGUACAUUGAGGUCAUCACCAGCAGCAUCAAGAAAAUCGCGGACUUUCUCAACUCGUUCGAUAUGUCUUGUCGUUCAAGACUUGCAACGCUAAACGAGAAGUUGACAGCUCUUGAACGGAGAAUAGAGUACAUUGAAGCACGGGUGACAAAAGGUGAGACGCUCACCUAGAACUACACCAUGUUGCUGCUGGGAAAUUGCUUUACAGAACACAGGCCACAUGCGAAAGGCCCCAGCAGCCUUCAGCUCCUUCCUGUCUCCUUAAGAAUACAACAGGGCUUAUUCUUAUUUUUGUUUUUUCAAAAGUGUGGCCUUUGGGCUCUGCCAUGUACAUCUGGGGGUGUGACGUGACAUGUGGGAAGAAGUCCAGGGGAACUCUUGGAAACAAUAUUAGGCAUUUUACCUUUUCAGUAACAUUUUAUAGAACUACUUGUCAAUAUAUUUGAGGCAUUCAGAGCCAAAAGCCUGGGACUCUUUGUAAAGGUCCUCCCCACCUUUCUUUCUUUCUCUCAGACUUUCCUUACAGCUCUCAUUGCCUCUGCAUAGAUUAUAUAAAGUCUUUUUCUCCUCCCAACCUAUGGUGGUGGGAAGGGGGACAAGAGGAGAGCAUUGUGGCCAAGACCAUUAUGCCCUGGCAAUGUGAAUGCCAGAGAAUGUUGUUGCUAACCCACUAGUUUCUUGUUUUAGGAAGGUCAAGCCAGGCCCCCACUUGCCUUGAAGGGACAUUUUCAGAGUUUUCUUUCUGUCACCUAGGGUGUCUGUGCCUCUCUUAUUUCCCUAAUAAAUUCCUCAGCUUUAUCUGACUGCUGUGAUUGUGGUGGGAAGAGGAUCUAGAGAUGGGCUUACCUAUUCCAUAGAAAUGUGAUGUGUGGGAUUGUUAUUCUAACAUAAAACUUUCAGAUGUAGCUUUUUGAUUCAAAGCCUAGGUGGUUUACCAGCCUGAGCCCUCACGUUUGGACUUUCAUCUGACUAAUUCACCCUGGGAAUCAUUUAGUCAUUCAGCAGACAUUUACCAAGUACUUACUAUGUAGGUAUGUUAUACUACAAUAAAAGAUACAACGUUGAAUCAGA